AUGACGCUGUACAGCUUUUUAGCCCUUGUGGCAUUUUGUUGUAUUUGUAAAGCGAAGCAUAUAGCAAAUCCUCAGAAGGAGUUUAUGGACAGAUUUGACAUAGCCAAGAAUCACAUAAACAUAAGAUGGUCUACAAAUGGUAUGUUAGGAGAAGGGGACUAUAAAUAUGAUAUAGAUGAUGAGGAGAAUGCAGACUCUAAGCUUAGCACACAGAGUAUGACAGGAACCUGCCCAAAUGGUGAAGUCCAUGGAAUGUACAAGGGUAGCUGUCCCGAUUACGGGAAAACAUUCAUGAUGGGUCUAAACGGAGAUGAGUAUAGUGAAGAUUUUUUAAACGAAAUUAGUUUCGGUUUGUUGAAUAAGAAAUUGAAUCUUUCAAUAGAAAUUCCAGUGGAGGAAAGUGGAAUGGCCAUGUACCAAGGCCUCUUUGAGCGUUGUCCUUUGGACGAAAAUCAUAGUUUGCUGAUAAGGAAGGAAGAAGCAUAUGAUAUGUGUUUUAGACGAAUUUACAGUCAUAUGCAAUCCGCUGGAAGAAAUAAUAAACGUACGUUGAGGAAUAAAUACUUACACUUUGGAUGGCACGGAUUAGGAGGUCGAUUCGGGUCGAAUAUGAAUUACCCCUUACAUGAUUAUAAUCCGUCGGAAAGUCAUGUGACUAGAAGAAUGAGCUUCUCAGGUUUAAUAAAAGAUUUGUCCGACUGUUCUAUUUAUUCCCAUUGUAUGGGUCCCUGUUUUGACAAAGAUUUUAAUAAUGCAUGUUUUCGAAGUUUACCCGUUGUUUUUAACCACAGAACAAAGGAGUGUGUUAUCCUAGGUACACAUGAAGGAAGUAGAAGAAGAAAUUGCCUGUCUGAAAAUUCAUAUGGUUUUGAAAGAUGUUUCGUGCCAACGAAAAAGGAAGCAGGGAAAGAAUGGACAUACGCAUCGUCCUUCUUGCGUCCAGAUUAUGAGACGAAAUGCCCUCCAAGAUUUCCAUUAAAUGAUACAGUAUUUGGCUACUACAAUGAUAGCACUGGUGAAUGCAAAUCUGCUGUAAAGAAUGAGCGUGAUAGUUAUAAGUCAACUUUUAGAAGUUGUAUUGAAGGACUAUUCAAUCAUCCUGAGAGGGAUAGCGAAAUUCGCAGAGAUAAUUUCUUAUGGGGGAUUUGGGUUUUAGAAGGUAGUUCCAAAAAAUUAAAUUCCAUGGAUGACAUUGGAAUGUGUUCCAUUUUGAGGGAGAAGCCAAAUUGUGUCUUGAAAAAGGAAAAGCACUAUUCCUUUACGAACCUGACGGCGAAUUCCUUUGAUUUCGAGCAAAAAGUGACGUAUCCACAGGUGGAGGAGAUGCAUGAACAGGACGAUGAAAUGAGUAAAUUUGGAAAAAUCGCAUCGGACGGAGGGGAAGAAAAAACAGAUUUAAGCGAAAUGGAUAGGAGGGAAAAAACGCGAAACGGAGAUAAAGAAGCAGAACAGACAGAAGCAUAUCGAAUUUUGCAGAAGAGGAAAACAGGAAUAAAUGAACACACGGGAUUGAGCAUGAAAAAUCUUAACUAUAUGCCUUCCGUGCAGAGGAGUCACGAAUCAACACAUACAAAUGGGGACGAUUCUAUUUAUAGAAGCAAGGGUGAACCUAUAAGUCAAAUGCUUGAACUGAAUCAGUCUUCCAGGAGUUAUUUGCACAAUCCAGGUGUUCGUAGCAGGGGAAGAUACCAAAUUCCGUAUGUGCAAUCCGCCAGAAUAAAUAACAGGUCAGCCUCUCAGAAUGGAGCAAAUAUCAAUUCCGAAUUGUCGAGAAAUCCUCAAGCUAAAUUUAUGGAAAGAUUCGAUAUUCCAAAAAAUCAUAUUUUUAUCGAUUGGAAAAAGGAAGGAAAUUUCGGAGAGGGUAUUUUCAAGUAUGAUGUUUUAUCGAAUAAAACUGCUGGUACCGCUCAGUCCCUAUUAAUUGAUAAUUAUAAUGACGUCUGUCCAAAUCAUUCAAUUCCAGGAAGGGCACAAGGAAGUUGCCCAAACUAUGGAAAAGCUAUCAUUGUUGAAACGCUGGAAGAUAAAAAUAAGGAUGAUCAUUUUAAUUUCCAAUUUUUAAAUGAAAUACAUACUGGUUAUUUGGGCAGAAUAAGCGUGAAUAUUGUCGAACUUCCAUAUGAUAAAAGUGGAAUAGCUAUGCAUCAUGGUUAUGCAGCAUCGUGUCCAAUAGAUAUACAUGAAGAAAGGUUGCUAGAAGGAAUGGAUGAUUACAAUUAUGAUAUGUGCAAGUCUAGGAUGUUAUCAUCUCCUCUCACCAUGAAGGAAUAUGAUCGCAAAAGUAAUACAUUUAAGUAUUAUGGCCUUUAUGGUUUUGGUGGUCGACUAGGUUCGAAUAUUAUAAAUAAUGCAAAAAGGGCAGGAAGAGGUGAAAGGCGUACGAAUAACAUAACGCUACCAAUGAAGAACCCAGGGUUAAUAAAAAACUUGUUCGAUUGCUCUAUAUACUCCUAUUGUUUAGGACCUUGUAUGGAGGGCACGUACAGAAAUAAAUGCUUCCGGAAUUUACCAGCUUAUUAUAAUCACGCAACAGGUGAAUGUGUCAUACUUGGUACACAUGAACAGGAAAGAACAAGUAACUGCAGAAAGGAAAAAAAUGACUUAAGUAAACCCAACUGUCAGAAGAUUAGGAAAACCCCAGAUUCAAAGGAUUGGACAUAUGUUACUUCAUUUAUUAGGCCUGAUUAUGAAGAAAAAUGUCCACCUAGAUUUCCUCUCAAUGACAAAAGUUUUGGGAUCUACGAUGAACGAACAGGAAAAUGCAGAAGUAUCGUCCAAAGAAAUAAUUUCAUUGGUAUUCAAAAUUUCAACGGCUGUUUAGAAUAUUUGUUUAUCACCUCUCCAAAGGAUUUAUAUAGUAGGGGGAUAGGUAAAUACUGGGGGGUAUGGAUUGCAAAAGAGCCCGUUAAUCAGGAUAAUAUUUUUAAGGUUACUGGGGAAUGCUACUAUGUACUUCAAAGACCAACGUGCGUCAUCCACAAAGAGAACCACUUUUCAUUCACAUCUCUCACUACAAAUGACAUUGAUUUUUAUCAGAAUUUUAAUAUAGAACCUGUGGAAGAAUUAAUUGAACCGAGUAAUAUUGUUGGUUUUGCUAAAGAGCGUAACAGUAAUAGAAGGGCUAAGAGUAGGACACAGGUAGCGGAAGACAAGGCGCUCAAUCCAUCAGAUUUUGAUUUCAGUGCUAAGCAUGACGGACGUGCAGGAGGGGAAAGGGAAAAUGAAGAAGAAAUAAGGGUAGAGGAAGCAAGAAGGUUAGAGGAAAAAAGAAGGUUAGAGGAAAAAAGAAGGUUAGAGGAAAAAAGAAGGUUAGAGGAAGAAAGAAGGGUAGAGGAAGAAAGAAGGUUAGAGGAGGCUAGAAAAGCGGAAGAGGCUAGAAAGGCAGAAGAGGUUAGAAAAGCGGAAGAGACUAAAAGAAAAGCUGAGGAGGUUAGAAAAGCGGAAGAGACUAAAAGAAAAGCUGAGGAGGUUAGAAAAGCUGAGGAGGUUAGAAAAGCGGAAGAGACUAAAAGAAAAGCUGAGGAGGUUAGAAAAGCGGAAGAGACUAAAAGAAAAGCAGAAGAGGCUAAAAGAAAAGCUGAGGAAGCUAGAAAAGUAGAAGAGGUUAGACGGGCUGAGGAGGUUAGAAAGGCAGAAGUGGCUAGAAAAGCGGAAGAGGCUAAAAGAAAAGCACAAGAGGCUAGAAAAGCGGAAGAGGCUAAAAGAAAAGCUGAGGAGGCUAGAAAGGCAGAAGAGGUUAGACGGGCUGAGGAGGCAAGAAAAGCUGAGGAGGCUAGAAAAGCAGAAGAGGCUAGAAAAGCGGAAGAGGCUAGAAAAGCGGAAGAGGCUAGAAAAGCAGACGAGGCUAGAAAAGCGGAAGAGGCUAAAAGAAAAGCAGAAGAGGCUAGAAAAGCAGACGAGGCUAGAAAAGCGGAAGAGGCUAAAAGAAAAACUGAGGAGGCUAGAAAAGCAGAAGAGGCUAGAAAAGCGGAAGUGGCUAAAAGAAAAGCUGAGGAGGCUAGAAAAGCAGAAGUGGCUAAAAGAAAAGCUGAGGAGGCUAGAAAAGCAGAAGAAGCUAGACGGGCUGAGGAGGUUAGAAAGGCAGAAGAGGCUAAAAGAAAAGCAGAAGAGGCUAGACGGGCUGAGGAGGUUAGAAAGGCAGAAGAGCUUAGGAAGGCUGAGGAGGCUAGAAAAGCGGAAGUGGCUAGAAAGGCUGAGGAGGCUAGAAAAGCGGAAGAGGCUAAAAGAAAAGCAGAAGAGGCUAAAAGAAAAGCUGAGGAAGCUAGAAAAGUAGAAGAGGCUAGAAAGGCUGAGGAGGCUAAAAGAAAAACUGAGGAGGCUAAAAGAAAAACUGAGGAGGCUAAAAGAAAAACUGAGGAGGCUAGAAAAGCAGAAGAGGCUAAAAAAGCGGAAGAGGCUAAAAGAAAAGCAGAAGAGGCUAGAAAAGCGGAAGUGGCUAAAAGAAAAGCUGAGGAGGCUAGAAAAGCAGAAGAAGCUAGACGGGCUGAGGAGGUUAGAAAGGCAGAAGAGGCUAGACGGGCUGAGGAGGUUAGAAAGGCAGAAGAGGCUAGAAAAGCGGAAGAGGCUAGAAAAGCAGACGAGGCUAGAAAAGCGGAAGAGGCUAAAAGAAAAGCAGAAGAGGCUAGAAAAGCAGACGAGGCUAGAAAAGCGGAAGAGGCUAAAAGAAAAGCAGAAGAGGCUAGACGGGCUGAGGAGGUUAGAAAGGCAGAAGAGGCUAGAAAAGCAGAAGAGGCUAGAAAAGCGGAAGAGGCUAAAAGAAAAGCAGAAGAGGCUAAAAGAAAAGCUGAGGAAGCUAGAAAAGCAGAAGAGGCUAGAAAGGCUGAGGAGGCUAAAAGAAAAGCUGAGGAGGUUAGAAAAGCGGAAGAGGCUAAAAGAAAAGCAGAAGAGGCUAGAAAAGCAGACGAGGCUAGAAAAGCGGAAGAGGCUAAAAGAAAAGCAGAAGAGGCUAGAAAAGAAGAAGAGGCUAGACGGGCUGAGGAGGUUAGAAAAGCAGAAGAGCUUAGGAAGGCUGAGGAGGCUAGAAAAGCGGAAGUGGCUAGAAAGGCUGAGGAGGCUAAAAGAAAAGCUGAGGAGGUUAGAAAAGCGGAAGAGGCUAGAAAAGCGGAAGAGGCUAGAAAAGCGGAAGAGGCUAGAAAAGUAGAAGAGGCUAGAAAAGCUGAAAAGGCUAGAAAAGUAGAAGAUGCUAGAAAGGCGGAAGAGGCUAGAAAAGCAGAAGAGGCUAGGCGGGCUGAGGAGGAAAGAAAGGCUGAGGAGGAAAGAAAGGCUGAGGAGGUUAGGAAGGCUGAGGAGGUUAGGAAGGCUGAGGAGGUUAGGAAGGCUGAGGAGGUUAGGAAGGCUGAGGAGGUUAGGAAGGCUGAGGAGGUUAGGAAGGCUGAGGAGGUUAGGAAGGCUGAGGAGGAAAGAAAAGCUGAGGAGGAAAGAAAGGCAGAAGAGGCUAGACGGGCUGAGGAGGUUAGAAAGGCAGAAGAGGUUAGACGGGCUGAGGAGGUUAGAAAGGCAGAAGAGGUUAGACGGGCUGAGGAGGUUAGAAAAGCGGAAGAGGCUAGACGGGCUGAGGAGGCAAGAGUCGAGGAAGAGGCAAAGAAAAAAGUCGCUCAUGUGAGUAAAGAAGGCGUGGACGAAGAGGAUGAUAGGAAGACAAAGGAUUUAUUUUCGGAUAGUGUUAUAAGUAUUGAGCAAGAAAAAAAUGGGAAUUUAAUUCUGAAUGAGGAUAAGAGGACUGAGGGUUUCGCAACGACGGGAGUUGCUGAUUCAUCUAAUAGCAGCAGGGAAGAGUCAAAGGAGUUUCAAAAGCAUAAGUUCAAUGACAAUAAUCUUUCUGGUGAAAAUGGAAAUUCUGAAAGUAAUUCGAAUGAAGAAGAAUAUAAUAAAGAAAUUUUCGAAGAGGAAAUCGAAGAAGCGAAAAUGAGAAAGCAGAUUGAUGAUAAGGAUAUGGGGUCGGAGAUUCCAAAGAGUAAUUCUGCACCCGAAAAAUAUGAAUCGAGAGAUGAUAAAUUAGAUAAGGAUGAAUAUAUAAAGAGAGACGAUAAAAAAACGCGGGAGGAGAUAAUAAAUUUAUCCGAAAAAAACCCAUGUACUGUUGACGUUUCUUCAAAGUUUUGCGAUUAUAUGAGGGAAAGCAUAUCUUCUGGUAAUUGCUCUGAUGGAGAGAGAAAAAGACUGUGCUGCUCAAUUUCAAAUUAUUGUUUAAAGUAUUUUAGUUAUAGUUCAAAUGAGUAUUAUAAAUGUAUGAAUGAAGAAUUUGGCCACAAGGAUUACAAAUGUUUUCAGAAGAGUAGAGUUUCAAACGCGGCUUAUUUUGCUGGAGCAGGAAUAGUACUGAUACUCCUGCUUGCCAUCGUUUCAAAAGCUACUCUGGGAAAAUGGUUUAAUGAAGCUACCUUUGAUGAGUUUGAUGAAAAUUAUGAAAAAGUCUACACAUUAGCAAUGAUAAACAGGGAACAGAUACAGGAAGCGGGGUCGUUAGAUUUUUCCGGGUACAUGUCUGAUAAAUGA